AUGAGACUCGGGCCAUACCCUGCACGUGUUGUGCUGCUCAAGUUGUUCAAGAUGUUGUCGUGGCUCUUUGCUUUGUUGUACGGAAUUUCUCGCUUCAUGUACAGAAAUAUGGCUUCGACAUCUGAAUCUGACGUUGACAUGGAAAGGUCGCCGCAGUGGGAAGACGUCAGGAAGGAAAUGCACGAAGCCAUUGCAGCGAAAGACGAGGCUCGUGUUCUAAAGUGCCUGGAUGCUGCACCUGCUUUGAAACUGUGGUUGGACCCUGUCACAGAUGAGUCAGCUAGUUGCAGAGCUGUUAAAGAGAAAGCCAUUCGUAUACAUGGCCUCUUAGUCUCGCGGGAAUGUGGACUCAAGAACACCAAAGAAUCUUCAUGUUACUGGUACCUCUCACCCCUUGAACAAGCUGAAAUUCGUCGACAACGAUAUUACACCACAGAAUGCGAGGACUCUUACAUCGACUAUUUGAAAAGCAAAUCACUGAGCGUCACUAGAUGUGAUGACUUCGGUGUACGAUUGGAGAAUAUGUUUAAGCAGCUCUCUAAUGAUGAAGUAAACAGGAAUAUUCUCAAAGUGGCUGCAAGAGCGCCACACCUGGAAACAACGUUCGACUACAACAGUAAAAACGUUCAAGGGAUCACGGGAACCUGCAACAGAGGCGACAUCGGCCUUACUUUCUACAAAGAUCAAAGAGUUUUCAUCGGGAGCCGUGCUGCAGAAGCCGAAGUCUGCGGAACAUUUAUUCACGAGUUAUGUCAUAUGGCACUUUACCUAGUGUACAGGAACAAUGGCAAGCCAUAUUACAGUGACGAUACGGAGCGGGAAAAGCAAUACAAGAACAUCCUGAAUAACAUAAAACCCAGGCAAAAAGAUAUGAACCUUCUCAUCCAGCAAGCUUUUAUGAGCAACAAGAAUGAAGAAGAAGAAUUGAUUGUACGGAUCCCCCACGUACUGGUUCAAUAUGGUUGCGACGAAGGUCAUAGGGUUCUGGAACGGGAAGUACCGGAACUACUAAAGUUUUUCGAGGAACAUGUCAUCCCGGACAUGAGGGAAUACAUUCGGAAUGGAAUCCCAUCCAUAGAUGCAACACAGAUAGAAAAGGAAAACGCUAGACUGGACAAAGCUUUCGAAACUGACAAACUCAAAGUCCACUUCGAGAAAUCACUAAAGAAGAGUAUCUGGAAAGAGGGGUCACUUCACGUAUUUACGGGUCCAGAACUGAGGCUUCUCGAAAUAAUGGUUCACAACGCUGUGAAAUCUACGGGAAGGUCAUACUUGUUUUUCGAAGCAAACCAAUAUGACUCCACUCUGCGGGAUGUGCUACUAGACUACAAAUGUGCAUUUGUGCUAGUAUCCGUCCAUCCAAACGAAGACGUCCGAAAGAUCAUUGAACUUCUCAGUAAAGUAUCCUGUGUCACUGGAUCAAAAGUCAUCUUGCUCGUGGAAGACAGUGAGAAAGAAAACUUGAUGAAAAAAGUGCAACAAGAUGCGUUCUUUGGGGAGAGGCACAAAGUUCACAGGAUCGACGAAGCAAGUUUUGAGCAUGUUACGUAUAGCUGCAAAACAGAAGUUUUCGAAAAUUCCCGCCUAAAACUUCAAGGCCAAGACCUUUCUAAGCUUUCGGACGCAACGACUAUAGAUGCCUUCUUACGCUGCGUAGACACUGCGGUUUUCCUAAAGCUAUGCGAGUCGGGGAACAUUGACCUGGGACCUCCUCUUCAUGAACUGGAAGAACGUGUUCAGAACUAUUACGUGAAAAGACAGUGCAGAAGAGCCGUGGAAAUUAACUUGAAAGAAUGCAAUCUAAAUGACCACAGUGAGGCUUUCGCACUUCUGGGCUGUCGACACAAUCAGGUCGCAACACUUCCACCUCCCGGUUGUGAGGCAAAGGCCAAGAAGGAUUUAAAGAAUUUCGAGAAAUUCGUACUCGUCCACGAGCCAUGUGACUACGAAGCUCUCCUGAAAGAUGGUCAUUUCCGAAACAAAGUAGUGCACCUGCUAAAGUUCGACGAACCUCAUAAGAGACUCUUGUGGACCAAAUCAAAUGGUCGUCUCAGUCACCUUCCAAUGACGGGAAGUGAGAGUUACACCGAGGACGCGUUGUUGAAACUGAACGAGAAGGUUGUGUUGUCGAACGUAGGGGAGAAGGUUGUCAUUGUGUCUGGUGCACCAGGUAAUGGAAAGAGUACUCUAGCAAAGCGCUUGUGCACAGAAGUAAAAAAUCGAGAUACGAAGCAGUGGGUGAUGUACGUCGACCUUCCUCAGAGAAUGGCAUCUGUUAAAACAGCGUCGCCGAGUCAAGCGGAUAUGUGCAGAUAUCUCGCGGAUCUAUGCCAAGUACAGAAAGAUGGUGUAGAGUUCGCUUUGUUCGAGAAAAGUUUGAACGACGGAAGCCCUUUCGAGAUUGUCAUCAUCUUGGAUGCCUUCGAUGAACUGAACAAGGAAUACCGCAAGUGCGUCUUGGAGCUUACAUCGUCUCUAUCUGAAAAGAAAGCGUGCAAGAUAUAUAUGUUUACUCGUACCGUAUUUAAGCCCCAUGCACAAGAUGCUCUGCACACGGUGUCAUAUGAACUCCUUUCUUUUUCAGCCGAAAAUCGGGCGGAGUUCAUUAGAAAAUAUGAGGGAACAGCUCAUUCAACCAAUGAAAACGAUGGAGCUUCCGAGCUGUUCCAGCGACUGCUCACGAACUUGAUGGAGACAAACGAGACAAUCCUAGAAACCCCUCUCCUGCUUCGUAUGAUCCUUGAAAUGAAGAAUGGGGAAAUUGCAGAGUCUGAUGAUUACUCUUCGUUACUUAAACGUGCAAACAUAUCAGCCGAUAAGAAUAAGAACUUAUAUAUUGUACACGUGUACAAGUUGUUUGUGUGGUACAAGCACCUUGUAUUCAGAAUUGAAAAAAGAAAAGAAAAUCUCCGCCUACACGCCGUACAAGAGGAGAAUGACUCCGCAGCGCUUCAGUUUUACGAAAACCAUAAACUCCUCGCUAUGAAGUGUAUAUUCCCUCAGGAAAAAUUGAAAUACUUAUUGAACAAAGACGAAUUAAAGAAUUUAGAGCCCGAAGGACGUUUAAUGAAGGACGCAGCUAAUAAUUGUCUCAAAGAAGGAUUUCUGAAUGGUCUGAACAACGGAAUUCCAGAGUUCGUUCAUAAGACAUUCGCUGAAUUCUUUGCAGCCGAUUACGUACUGCAAAAGGCGAAAGUAAGAGAAAAUUUCGACGUGAGGGAUGUCAUUGUCGAUCUGUACCAUGAAGAAGAAUACAGCGGUGUAAUGAUGUUGUUCGACGCACUGGAAUCUGAGUCCUUUCCCCUUCACUCUGCUGUGAUGAACAAUGACGCUUCAUAUUUUGAGCAACAUGUUAUCCAAAGAGAGGAUAUGUUCAAAGUCGAUGAGCUCAAAAGGACGCCAUUGCACUUAGGAGCCCUGCAUUCUGAUGAAGCAACAUUGAAGAAGCUUCCGAUGGAUGAUGAGCUAAUCAAGGAGGAUUUGUUUCAACUGUCACCGUUUGGGUACGCAGAGCUGCGGUCUCCAUGGGACGCAAAAUACGCUGGGAAGUGGAUGGAAUGCUUGCGGACUGAGACUUCGGCUGCGGGAGACAGACUUAACGUGUUAUGCGCUCGAUGCAGUGAGGAAGCAGUGAAACGUUCUACCAAAAAUCUACGCACGUGUGAAACCUUCGAGCAAAAGAGACAUUUUCUUGAACGAGCAAUAUUCACGGCUGUGAGACAUGACCUACGAGGCGUUUUAGACGUGUAUCUGAGCUAUGUGUCCCAGAAAGAGAGUACCGUAAUCCUAGACAGAGACAUCAUGGACCAAUUAGGAUCACGCAAGGAACGAAGCUUGAGAUGUUCUGCAGAGUCUUCGGUAAUUGGAAACCUUGAUAGUUUUACAGACAGCAGCAAUAGAACUGUCCUUUUUUACGCAAAGUCCGAGACUGUUUGUAAAAUGCUCCUUCCUUACUGCGAUACGGGAAUUCUUGAUAAGGAUGGAAACACAAUGUUGCACAUUAGUGCGAAUGAAGGAAAUCUGGAGACAACACAGUUUUACGUCGCACAUUUAUCCGUUAACAAUAGAAAUGGACACUUUCAAACUCCUUUGCACUUGAGUGAAGAUGCAGAGAUUGUGAAGCUACUUCUUCCUCUUUAUUCCUCAGUGAAUGUUCUCGAUUAUCAUGAAGAAACUCCGAUAGAUAUAUGUGCAAAGAGAGAUGAUUUGGAGGCCAUGAAGUUGUUACUCCUUCGCACUCGGACAUAUGACAUACAUCACAUCAGACUGAACACAACACUUCAUGUGGCUUCUCACUCUGAUUCCCUAAAAGCUGUGACGUUUCUUCUACCUCACACAAAUGCGCACAUGCUUAACAACAAAGGAGAAAGGUGCUUAGACGUUGCUCGGACAAGUUGGAAAUAUGAGUCGAGUUCGGAUCUCAACGUUGUGAGGUGUCUCAUCCCGCACUCGCUCGUGAACUCACCUGAAACGCUCGGCUCGUCACCGUUGUAUGUCUGGGCGAAACGUGGUGGAACGAAAGUGAUGCAAACUCUAUGGCCUUAUUGGCGACACAGUGACCCUAGGCAUGCACAGAGGAUCAGCAGAAGCUAUGUGUAUGUGUGGAUGAACAGGGAUUUCCAAGAAGAAAUUUCGUGUCUGAAACUUCUCUUCCUCCAUUUAGAUGUCAUCGCUGGUGAUCCUUAUAGCCGUAAACUCCUACAUGAUGUGGCCAAGAAUAAGCUACGUGAGAUACAAGAAGAAAAUUAUAUUAAUUACAUGAAGCUGUUACAGCCGCAUUUAAAUCUCCAUAUCCAGCAUUAUGUACAACGUGGAGUAAAAAAUGAUGAUCCCAACAUUGACGAUGUCGACACGGAAAUGGUCGACGACGAUGGCAAUACAAAGUUGCUGAUAGAAGCACGGAAAGGUAAUGUGGAAGCUGUUAAGAUUCACCUCUCCCCUUCAUCCGUGUGCUUUACAGAUGAAGAAGAGAACACUGCAUUGCACUUGAGCGCGGUGAAUGGACACACAAAUGUGGUGAAGCUUCUCAUUCCUUUUUAUACAUCAGUGGACGUGAUCAAUGUGGAUCGAAUGACGCCCAUGCAUCUGUGCACCUCAAAUGAAUACCUGGACGUUGUAACGUUAUUAUUACUCCGCUCUAGUAUGAGUUCCCGUGACAAUGUUGGAAUGACACCUCUUCACUGGGCCUGUGAAAGUGAUGCCGUUGAUAUCGUGAACUUCCUUCUUCCCCACUCCAUCCCUAAUAUGUACAACAAAGUGGGUAACACGUGCUGCGCGCCCUUUCCGCUGAAAGAAGGAAAAUGA